GGCGACAUCAGCAUGGAUGAGGUGGCAACAGGCUGUACUGUAGGACUAUACGGAUCUCAGGUCAAAUCUGAUGUGUUCAACGUUGAAAAGAUUAUCUGGCCAACGCCAUGCCCACAACGCCCUUGGCCAACCGCGAAGACUGGAGGAGUAGUUGCAUUUAUCUCCGGUCUAGAGCUAACUGGUGAUGCCGUAAAUGACACCGCAGUUACAACAUCUUUCGAAUUGAUGUCUCGCUGGUUGAACAACGAGAUCUCUGUUGAAGUCGAUCCUUCAUCUCUUUCUUCUCGCGUCGAACGACUGAUUGUUCUGGGAGAUAGUAUAGCUGUUGGACAGGUAAAAGGAAUUUGA